UCUAAAUAUGUGAUCUGUCAAAAUUUUAUAUCAUGUGAUUACACCAAUGACUUGAUUGACGAAAUUCCGUCAAACCUCUUCAGUUUAACCAACUCCAAGUGUCUGAAAAAACCUCACUCCUAUUCCUGUGCUUUAACUGCCUCUUCUAUUUCAGUAAAAGAAGCGGCUGGCUUCCUACGCAUUGGGUCUCUCAACGUGAAGGUGCGGAAAACAACGGAGGCCUUCAAUAACCUGCUGUCACGUGAGGUGGAGUCUAAGUUGCACCGUAGUUGGGGCUCCAGCGACUCCAUACCUGAUGCAGAUAAGGAAUCCAAGUCCAUGCCGCCACCAAAGUUUGGACCCAUCAAGAAGAGAAAAACCAAGAGAGACCGUGACUUUGUAGCCAGCCGUCCUGUGUCUGCAUACCCUGCCUUGGCUCCUACGGAAGAGACCACCUCUACCUCCUCCACUGCUUCUACAGUGCCGCCUAUAAAUGCCGACUCUGACUCUGACUCUGCUUAUGGCUUUGGAUCUGAAUGGCAUUAACUAGAUUUUAAUGCUGUUCAGAUAAAUGGCUUUAUUGGCAGCAUUUUUUGCAGACAGUGGAAUUUUUGCACUGUAUAUAUACAUCUUCCGUAAUGAUAGACAUGCUGUUAGGGGGUUAGAUAUUACUGCAUUGUCAUUGAAGGAUCCUUAGAAAUGGUAAUGAUUGAAGAAAUUGAAGAUCUUAUUUAAUAUUAGGAGUUUGUUUGGAAGAGAAGAUCUAGUUUUAAGAGGCUUCUUUCUUAUUAAUAACACUGACAAGAUGUUUUUGGUUGAAAUUAUUAGUUUUUAGUAUAGUUUUAGUAUUAGAUUACUAAUGCAAAAUCUAUUUUAUUGAUUUUCAUAAGUGCAAUUUUAAAAAUCUCUCAUGACAUUCCUUUAUGGUUGUGUCUCCCAUGACCCAAAUUAGAACAUCUUGUACAGUUGAUUGGUCACAGAUCUGCCAAUAUAUUACUAAAAUACUCAUACAAGAUGCCAUCUUUCCUCCCUCUUUAUGCUGUUGUCUUUUAAACACUAACAGUGGAUAGAGGUCUGACUAGAUUUAUAUAAAGGAAUAUAUUUAAUUUUACUUGCAAUAUGUUAGAUUGUUUGUUAGAUUGUUACAAGAGUAGUUCUGUGAGUAACCAUUUGUACUUAAAUUGAUUAGUAGAAGUGAUUGAAUCAGUAUUCUUGGUAAUUAUGUCACAAAAUUUGAUAGAUGAAAGGAAGUGGUAAUGAAAAAGUUUCCUUAAGUCUCGGUCAGCGAACAUGCACACUAUGGAAGGUUACACCAAAUAGUUUCAGAGCACAAAUCAGCUCAAAGUUAACCAAAGGAUAGCAUUUUUUUCUAUUCUUUUUUGGCACAUUCAAGAGAAAUUCUUUUGUGGAAUUCCUUGUGUGUGCUAAAAUGCUUGGUAUUACUUCUCUUGCUUUACAGUCACUAUUAUUGUAACUCAAUUUUGAGUGCUUUUAGUGAGAAGCUCAUCACCAGUCAUGGCAAUAAGUGAAAAACACAAAAAAAUGUUAUUUAGUGUCUCAAGUUAUAUUUAGAUGUUUAUUUAUUUGUUUUAGCACUGUACAAUAAUAUCACUACGCAGAUUUUUAGGUAAUUAUUUUCUCUUCCACAACUAAUUGUUUCCUUUCUGAAUAUUUUUUCUUUCUGUGGUCUGUCACUUUUAUGUUUAUAUUUACAAGAAGUUGCAAAGUAAUUUAUUUUUUAAUCAAUCUGGUGUUGAUAAUUGGUAUAUCAAAAUGUGAUGGAUACUCGUUUGAAAUUGACCCCAAGGCUGUUUCUUUUAGGAUGCUGUGAGUGCUCUUUUGUGUGUGUGUUAUUGGAACAGAGCAGCUCACCGUUGUAAAUUUAUAUGAGUAUCCUAUUUGGGAUCAGUUUUGAUGAUAUUGAUUGAAAUAUAUGAGGAGAUAUUCUCUUUUAAUACUUUUA